CUAUCGAACAUUAAACACUUCUAUGUUACAGCUACAGUACAUGUUUGAGACGAGCUGUACUGCUCUGUGAGCAUAUGGGCGGUUUGCUCGUCGGCAGAUCAAGUGGACAACUAGCAGCUAGUUAGCUGUCCAUAUGGGCCAUGUGUGUCUAUCUUGACUUGCGGACUGAUCCAGAUAAUCUUUGUUGAAGGAUUAAAGCAAUGUCCCACGGGAGGAGGACAGCCUAUACAGCCUGCAUUCUUGUUGUCAAGCUCCUACAACCUUUCAGGGAAAAGUUGACCCACUGACUGUAAUGCCUUCCACAAAGAGCUCUAAUCACUGGACUUUGCCAGAGUUACUCGGGCAGCGGAGACUGUUAGGGCUCGGGGCACUGUUGGCAUGGCUUCUCCUCUUCCAUCUCCUUGUGAACGUUUGGCUCCUCUGCAUCUUCACCAGUCUCUUGGUGGUUCUCGGGGGUUGGCUCGGGUCCCGUGCUGUACUGGAUGCCAACAGCCUUCUCCACUUAGAACACUUUUUGCCUCUUGGCGACGUUAAACCACCUCUCUGUUCACCUGAACAUGAGUGGAGGUUGAACCAUGAAAUCCACAGUGCUGUCCACAAAGCAGUGCGUGACUUUGUGUCCUCAUGGUAUCGCACUCUGCUGCCAGAGGUGGAGGGGGAGUUUGAACGUGCGGUGCGUAAUUCAAUGUUGGACUCGGUGAUGGAGCUGAAGGAACGUGCACGGCAAGUGGACAGAAAAGCACUGGUUCAACGGCUGCUGGAGCUGUAUGGCUUCCACCUGCAGAGCUACAUGACAGCAAAACAGAUACAGUCAACACAAAAGGAGAGCAUUAGCCUCUGGCAGCUCUACAGUGAAGUAGACACCCCUCACCCAGCUGUGAGCAGUGCAGCUGCUGAGCUCAGCUACUCAAGAGCUCUAGUUAACCUUGUCUUACAUGUGCUUGUUCCAUACCCACAGAUGGAAACCAGGACCGGAGGUUACAUGGUUACAGAACUCAUCACUUGCAAUGUGCUGUUGCCACUCAUAAGCAGGGUAUCUGAUCCUGACUGGCUCAACCAGACCAUUGUAGAUGUAAUCACAAGGUCCAGAGAACCACAGGAAGUCAAUGUGGAUGAGCUCCCAGCAGUUGAACUAUACCAGUGUCAGAUCCAGCAGGAGUCCUGGACCACAUGCAGGUCUCUAUCUUCUUCUGACCAAGCUGGCAUCACAAGUAAAAGCUCCUCUGACCUUGAUGACCUACAGAGCCAGAGUACACUCUGUGAGAGGGAUUCCCCACAAAACAGCAUGGUUAGCCUGACGUCUGCUGGGAAAUUCGAAAGCUGCCAUGGAGGUUUGCUCACACCAUGCAAAGUGAACUGCUGUUCACUCGCAUCUGGCCAUUUGUCCCGCUCACCACAGUCCAAAAUGAUUUCACUUGACUCUCUAAUUCAGUCAGACUCUGAAGAUGAUCUUAAAGGAGGAUUCUGUGACUGUGGUCCUCAAGCAAAAUUCUGCAAUGUUAUCACUUUAAAGGAUGAUGAGGAUUUCGGCUGCUUCGGCCCUUUGAAAAAUCUCGGGCCAAAAGUGGUGGUGCCUGAGGACUCUCAGUGGCCAGCUGACAUAGUCCAAGACAAAUCCCCAACUUGUCCUCCAAGAAAACUUUGUCUAACCUCCUGCAGCUUUGAUGCCCCCAGCACCCAAGCUGCUUCUAUGAACAUCCAGAAUGUGCAAAUUUCUGGUACUGUCACUGCCAUGGAGCAGCGUGGCACAGGCGUACAUCCCUAUACUCUCUACACCGUGAAGUUUGAGACAGUGGCUGACGCUGAAAGCGGUGGCACUCUGCAACCUGCGUCCUGUCACACUAUCAACCGGAGAUACAGCGAGUUCCUCAACUUGCAAACACGUUUAGAGGAGAAGCCUGAAGUCAAGAAAGUAAUCAAGAAUGUCAAAGGCCCAAAGAAGAUGUUCCCUGACCUCCCAUUUGGCAAUAUGGACAGCGACAAGGUGGAAGCACGUAAAAGUCAGCUGGAUACAUUCCUUAAACAAUUAAGCAACAUUCCCGAGACAUCCAACAGUGAAGACAUGCAGGAGUUCCUGGCUCUCAACUCUGAUGCUUGCACAUAUUUUGGCAGAAAGCCUUUUGCCAAGUCUAGAAUUGAUAAGAUGAUGGAAAACGCUUUAGACACCUUGAAGACAGCUUUCCCUCAUCCUGAGCCCCUCAGUCCAACAGAGGACUUGGAGGCUGAUGGAAGAACAAUGGACAACAGAAAGUAUAGGAGGCUUAUGUUCCCAAGCAAAAUUUCCCCAUCUCUCAAUAUACCUGACCUACAUCCCAAAGUGACAUACUGUUUUAGUGAAGGCAGCGCUGUCCUCAAUGGCAUGACACUGUCUGGCCUGGAGACCUUUGUCAGAGAGCAGGAAAGGCUUUUAUGUGGAUCAAACAGGAAAAAGACAGUCAAGCAGAGCUGUGAGCUGCCCGGCAGAGACAAGAAGACAUCAGGGAAAGCUCAUGGGGCAGACACAGCUGUGGCAGAUGUUGCGCUGAACAUUUUGUGUCUGCUGAUGAAGGACCAGUGGAGUUGGCUGUGCACAGAAAACAUACAGAAGACAAUCAGACUGCUCUUUGGUACCUUCAUUGAGAGAUGGUUGGAUGUGGGAGUUGCCCACCUUACCAGUGCCCCCUGUUGGGUGAUUUACUUACAAGUGCUGCAGGAAGCCGUAUGGCCAGGUGGCACGUUGCCCGCUCAGCCACGGCCAGAGCGUAGUGCGGCAGAACAAGAGGAAACCAAAGAGCAAUGUCUGGACUGUCUAAUGCAGCUGCUCCCAGAGCUCAUCACUGACAUGCUGGGAAGUGAGAAGUACAGACUGAGCUUGGAGACUAUGCUGGAGUCUUUACAGGACCAUCAGAUAAACAAGCAUCUGAUCUACUGCAUCUGUGACCUGCUGCUGGAGUUUCUGAUCCCUGAGUCGUGUGACGAGGCCUUCCAGAGCUCCCUGCUGCAGAGCCUGUCCAAAGACACGGAGAGAGACAGUCCUCACUUUUGAUCAGCGUAUGACAGCACUCACAGUUAAGCAACUGGUGGAUAACUCGCAGAUUAUGUGUGCACUGUGAUGUACUCAUAUUGGUCCGUCGUCACGAGACUUCACAGGAUGAUGCAGCAGUCACUGCCUGACUGCUCAGUGGUAUAAAACGCUUGUCGUCCGCCUAUGUGUGGUCACAUCUGAGUCACGUGGCUUCAGGAAUCUGUAAUUAAAAUGAGACAGACGAGAAAUAUUUCUGUAUAUUUCUGAACACUUCAGAGCAUCACAGAGAAACAGUUGUGGAGUCCAUAUCAGCAUACAAAUUGAAUUGGUUACAUUGACUGGUCCACAUAUUAAAUGAAAUAUCAUAUGUGCAAUUGGCUCAAUAAAAUCUAUCACACACAAUAAAAAAACUGUAUUAAAUAGACAAUUAGGCCAUCUAGAUCUGCAAAUAUUUAUCUUUUUUUAUUAUUAUUAUUAUUUCAUUAAAGUCUUGUUACAGAUGUUGCACAGGAUUUCCAUAGAGUCUGGUGACAUUACACUGGUGUAUGUCUGUGAAAUAUGAUGUUUUUAUGAUAUUUCUAAUUUAUCAGUUCAUGAGUUGAACUGUUUAGAUACAAAAUACACAGGCAUCUUUUAAUAAAUAUUUUAUAUGAGGCUUUCAUCCUUUAUUUCCCUUUCCUUGACGAUUGGUAUGCAAUUAGUGCCUUCAGGGGAACAGUGUGUCAGCCUUCAGGGAAACCAUCUGUGUGAAGAAGGGGCUUAAGUUCUAUCUGGUCAGUUCCAUAGACAGCUUUGAUAAGGAUCUGUGGGAAACUUCAAUGUGCUGAUUCAAACGCGUGUGCGCUGAAUCAGUAAAGGUGUGGAAUGCAGGGGUGUGUGGAAAUUUCAUGAAGACAGCCGUUGUGGCAUUUUAUGUUAAUUCCUCCACUACUGCCAAAGCUGUUUUAUUAGUGGAGGUGUAGGUGUUUACUUCUGAGUUUCCAUCUGAUUAUUUUCCACCUGUUCAAGUUUCAAUGAACAGAUGUAGCUCAGCGUUUGUGCUCACAUGCUCUCGUUGUUGAGAAAUACGCAUUUGGUUUUGUUUCAGUUAACCAUGUUUCACACAAGAUUUUACCAUUUAGGCUAAAGCUGAGUCUGGUUCAGCUUAUACCCUCUGACAAGAUCAGACCCAUGACGGCUGCUUGUAACUUUUAGCUUUAGGUUUAAAGUUGGAUUUAAAGGAGACUUAACACAAUGACUGCUCUUAAAGGACAUGCUUAGAAUAUCUGGUUCUAAAAAGACAAUUCAGUCAGACAGUUCGGUACAGUGCACCUUUACUUUAUGUUCCCAUACAUAUGGAGGUCUUUAUUAGAGUACGUAUUUUGUCUUUUGCAUAGUGUAGCUUUAAUGUGAAAGCUACUUUAAACAAGUAUAGUCACAAAAAGAGUUUGUUUUGGCAGUAAUGUUUUCAACAACUGAUUGUCCUUGAAGGAAUAAAUUAACCAUAAAGCCAUAAUAAAUUAGCUCUGUGUGAAAAGGGUUUAAGAUUCGACUUUGUCUACUCUCACUGAUUCACCUAAGAUCCCAGACUGAAACCUCAUUAAUAAAAAGCGACUUAACAAAAGUGAGUGCAGGCAGUGUUAUAGUCUUCCCAUGAUCUUAUGAUCCUGAGCAGCCUUUGAAAAAUACUCACAUCUUCACAGAUAAUCUCUUUGAUGAGCAAUAAUAGCGUGACAGAUUAACAUCCUGCUGCCUGAAUUAUUAAUGUGGAACAAAAUCACUAGCAUGUAUGAAGUGUUUCCAUAUGGCAACAUAACUCAGUUUAACAUGAAAACACUUUGAACCACAAAAUAUG